UUGUUAACCUUGUUCAUUUAUUAUGCGUUAAUAUUUUGAUGUAUUCAAGUUGCAUUUCAUCUCCAUACAUUCUCUUUAAUCACAAAAGAAAAAAAAAAACAUUUUAAAACUAUAAUUGGGUACAGCAGAACCAAAUGUUUUUCUUUAAUUAUUUAUGCAUAUGAUAUUUACUUGACAAAGAUGUUACAUUGUGUUUCUUCUUGAUUUCAAACUUAAGUUGAAACAGAUGAGGGAAAAAACUGAGAAGCUUCAUAUUUGUACACAUGUUCAGUACCAUUCAUAUGUUUGGGGCUUAUAAAUAUGCUAUUAGUUUUGGCUUUCAAAAUCCACUACAAAUCAAAAGCAAAGCCACCUUGCUUUGGUUAUUGGUCUAUACAAAGAAAAUACUUAAACGAAGAAAUCAAAAGUUGCGUACAUGGAGAAGCUCUCUUUUCAUGUUUGCUUUUGCUCAAUUUUUUGUGCCUUUCUUUUGGUUUCAAGACUUGCAAUUUCUCAAGAAGUUGAAGAUGAGACAGAAUUUGAUUAUAAUGAAGAAGGAGAAAAAGGACCUACACAUUGGGGAGAUCUUAAACCAGAAUGGCAUAGUUGCAAGACUGGAGAAAUGCAAUCUCCUAUUGAUCUGUUGCACGAGAGAGUUCGAAUUGUAUCCCUUUUCACAGACAUCGAUUUUGACUACAAGCCAACUAAUGCAACUCUUAAAAAUCGAGGUCAUGAUAUUAUGUUAAAAUUGGGCCAUGGAGCUGGCUAUAUGGUAAUGAAUAGAACUCGAUAUUUUCUUCAACAAAUUCAUUGGCAUUCACCAUCAGAACACACUAUCAAUGGAAAAAGAUUUGCUUUAGAAGCCCAUUUGGUGCACCAAAGCCAAAAUGGAAAUUAUGCCGUCAUUGGAGUUGUUUAUAAGAUUGGACGACCCGAUUCUUUCUUAUCCAAGAUGAAGGAAAAUUUGGAAGAAAUUUCGAAUACACAUGAAGAGAAAGCAUUAGAUGUGAUUGAUCUAUCGCUGUUGGAGAUGCAAAGUAGUCUAUAUUAUAGGUAUAUUGGGUCCCUAACAACUCCUCCAUGUUCUCAAAAUGUACUUUGGACUAUUGUCAGGAAGGUUAGGACCGUCACAGUCGAACAAAUCAAGUUAUUGCGUGUGGCUGCUCAUGAUGACUCUAACACCAAUGCUAGGCCUUUACAACCUAUCAAUGAUCGAAAGAUUCAACUUCGUAUCCAAUCUACCAUAUUUUGAAGAUAAUAGAAUCAAUGUUCAACAAUAGAUAUACGGAAAAAUAUCCCUUCGAUCUACUUUUCUUUUGUAUUACAUUGGGUAGUGGCUAAUCACACUGUAUUUUUACUUUACACUUAUUACAUGUUAUCAAAUUUAUUAUCAUAUCUUAGUAAUAAAAAGAAAAAUUUUGUGUAUUAA